AAUUCUCACUGGGCAAGGGUGGCCGAAAGUAUAGGACGCUGGGAUGCGUUGCAAGCCCAUGGUUAGGAUCCCAUUGAUAUCAACGAUUUUCAUCCCGGCAAGCUUCUGGCAUAAACUAAAGGUUAAAACAGCUAAACUUGCUUCUAGGGUGUAACGAAGAAAACAUCUGGUUGAAGCAACUCUUGCCCGGCAUUCGUUUAUUCCCCUCAAUGGCUCAAUCACCUACAGGCCAAGCUAUCCUUUCCUUGCCAAACAUAGGCUCCCUUACAGAUCAUACUAACAUUUUAGGUGCCUACAACUAUAUAAGAUGGGAUUUCCAUAACUGCACAAGUCAGAGAUAGCAAAACAGCAGGUAAACAUCCCAAACGCUUGAAGCCAUGCCACCUCAUUUUCCAAGUGAUUCUAACCAUGGACGACAUGCGGUAAGGCCACUAGGCAGGCACAAGUCGAUCCAUAGGCUUCUUGGUGGAGGGGAAGCUGCAGACAUUCUGCUGUGGAAGAAUAGGAACUUAUCUGCAGGGGUCCUUGCCGGGGCCACACUGAUCUGGUUCCUGUUUGACGUGGUUGAAUAUAACAUAAUUCCGCUCCUUUCCCAGAUUGCCAUAUUUGUCAUGCUUGUCAUCUUCAUUUGGUCAAAUGCUGCACCAAUCUUCGACAGAGCCCCGCCAAGGAUCCCAGAAGUUGUCAUCUCUGAACAUGCCUUCAGAGAACUGGUUUUGACCAGUCAUCACAAACUGUCAUAUGCUGUAUCUCUUCUUUAUGACAUUGCUUGUGGAAAGGAUCUGAAGAAACUCUUGUUGGUACAGAAUCCACAUCUUUGCUGUACUAUCUUUGAUAAGGAAAAGACAAAUCUUCCACAGGAUUCUUGUGCGCCCACACUUUGCCAGCAUUGUACCAACGAUACGAGACAGAAGUGGACCAUCUACUUGCAAGGGGAGGCGAAUACAUCAAGAAGUUCUAUGAGAAGAUUGAUUCCAAUGUGGUCAGCAAAAUACCAAGAGGCCCUGUCAAGACAAAAUUUAGAUAAAACAUACUAUUGAGGGCUAUCAGCACAGAUUAAUAAUUGCUCCCCAGAAAGAGAAUGACCAGUUACUGGAGUGGCUUUCAAGGGAAGCGAUUCUAUUCAAUAAGCAAAAUUAUCCCAGACAAGCGAAGCAGAUGAAAGUCCAGUUGAGAGUUCAGACCAGACUGCUAGCAUCCAGGUGUACCUAUUAAUGUAUACAAUCAUAUUUUCAUCAGCUAGCUAAAAAAUAUAUAUGAGAAGAACUCUUAUUCUAUAACCUCAAACAACGUAUGUCGUUAUCAAGAAGUGAUUUUCUUUUUUUUAACUGUGUCACUGAGGAAUCUGUACAAGUAUGACACAUUAAAAGUGUCCAAUAACAGUAUACUAGAAAAAGGAAGGGGCAUCUGUUGCCUUCUGACA